AUGUUCAAGAAAGAAUUCUCGCCCGGCGCGAAAUCCAAGGUCAAAUCCUCCGCCCAACGCGCCCUCCGAACCAAACUCCUCGAGACGUUCCCUAAGCUUGAACCCUACAUCGACGAGAUCCUACCGAAGAAAGAACAACUCGAUGUCCUGAAGAUUCCCGACCGCGUCUCACUCUACGUCCUGGGCACCACGCCAUUGUUCUAUCAGCACAUGGACGACCCGCUCAUCCCACACUUGCAGCUUGUGCAUCGGUACCCUUGGUGCUUUCCGCGGGUGAGGAUAGAUCGAGGCGGAGUGCGUUUCGUGCUGUCGGGAGCGACGCUGAUGGUGCCUGGGUUGACGAGUCCGGGUGGGCGGUUACCGGGGGAUGAUGAUGCGGGGGAGGAAUAUGGGAACGAUGGGAAGGAGUAUGAGGAGGGCAGGGUGGUGGUUGUAGAUGCGGAAGGGAAGGAGAACGCAUGCAUGGUCGGCGUCUUGAAGAUGGCGACGGGCGAGAUGAAGGAGAAGAAGAAGGGCGUGGCGAUUGAGAACGGGCAUUAUGUUGGAGAUGGGCUGUGGAAGCUGGAAUUGCGUUGA